AUGCAUGUUAAAACAAAUAACAAGCAAGAGCCCAGCCCGCCCGUCGCCUUGUCAAUCUGUCAAACGAGUUUAAUUCGUUACUCCACAAAAUCCAAACAAAAAAAAAAAAAAAACAAAACAAAAAGCAGCACCCAGCAUAACUAACCACAAAAAAAAGAAACAAACAUAUAUGAGCAUGUAUGCAAAUUAGAAAAUGAAACAGUUUUUCUGUGGAAUUAACAAAUGUGCUUGAAAAGAAAUUAAAAAAAAAGUUGAUAGGGAUCAAUAGUGACACAUAAUCAUUCCGCGCUUUGAUCGAUUAUCUACGGCUGAGAUAAAAUAACGUUUCGAUUGUGCCAUUAUCUGGAAUAAAAGAAACGAAAGUAGUGGUGCACUCCAAUGACCAUGGCAGGUACUAAUUGCUGAAUGAAAUUAGCCAACGCAACACACACAUACGUGCGCGAAUACUUAAAUGGAAUGAAUUUUGAAAAUUCGACGCCUCAGGCUAAUGAUUAACGGUCGCUCUUUAGAAAUUGCUUUUUGCGGUGAUGGUAUGCGCUGUGGUGCUCUCUGUUUACGGGUUAUUCUUCAGACGGGUAAAGCUUAGCAGCAGCCAGUGGAGAAAUGUGGAAACGUUUGCAAGUCCCUAUGAAAAUUGUUCUCUAUAGUCGCGGUUUGCACUUUUGUGUGUUAAUCCAAUUAGCAUUCGCAUUCAUUGGCAAUACAACACAUUGAUGUUUUAAUUUUUUUUAUUCUCUCUGUUUGGUGUACAUCUCGGCCAAAAGGUGAACGAAAGCAAAAUAAAAAAAAAAUAAAAAAGAAAACGAGCAACUAUAAAAAUUACAAUAUUUGCCAAAUCCAUAGAAACAAAUAAACUACGUUCUCCUCUACCCACACACCAACCAACCUACCUACCUACUAACCGGUAGCUAUCAAAUAGUUCGACAAAAUCGAACUUCAAACUGAAAACCGAACGCCAACAAAAAUAAACUUGGGCACUUAUCUGCUCCUAAUAACUCGGCUUUAUCAUUGCGCUAUUGCAAAGCAAUACGAUUAGCACCAUCACUACCACCACCACCACCACCAACAACAACAACGGCAGCAACCGCUAACACGGAAUUGGAUUACUUUUGCGGUAUUGCCUUCCUCCUCUCUUAAUCUUUGAGCAAGAGGAAAGUGGUUAUUAUAAAAAUAAUCGGUGUUAAGGUUGUGGGAACUGGCCUGGCCUGGACUGGACUGGAUAUUGCUUCACCGCUCUGGGAUUAAGAAAAUACCACGUCCGACAAGUAUAAGCCAUUACACAAGGUUAUUUCGCCAAAUGUUCGAGAAGAGUAAACCGUUUGCCAAUGCCUUCAACCUGCGUUUCUUUGUUGAUGUUUACAAAUUUUCUAAUUAAAGUUCCCUAAGCCACCUGGAUAGGCAAAAAGGCAGCAGCAUAGCAUCCGCAGGCGUUUGUCCUCCAAGGCUACACCCACAAAAUACAGUUGGAGCACCAUGGCUCGCACAAAAGUUAUUUUGAAAAUUCUUUUCACGCUAUGCGUGUGGUCCUUUGUGAUAAUUGGUGUCUUCAAAAUGCACGGUACAAACAUUGUAUCGCAAGAGUAUGCAGCAGUUCAACUAAGUGGUCGUAUCCUAUUGCAAAAAGAUAUGAGAUAUGCCGAGCCCACAUCGACUACGACGGACAGAUUCGACCCUUCAGAAAUAUUGGUGGAUAAUCGAACAGCCAUGGACGAUGACCAACUGGUGCGUGAUGUCGAAUCCCGAAUUCCUUCGCUGCCUAUAGCCUAUUGGAGCAAAAAUAAGAACUUUCUUCAGCAAAAGUCAUCAACAUGUGCCAAAUAUCCGUCGAUUUUUGAGCUGGAAUUCAAUAACAUAUACUGGCAGACGAUGCGCACAUCGAACGGAACGUUUCAGCUGUUUGGCGCCUACUACGAUAUCAGAAAGAACUCACUGUUAGGCCCUACAGUGCGUAUUCUGGGCAUGAUCGAUCGCAUCGAACCGAAAGUGAAGACGUAUUGCCAGUUUUGGUUUGAUGGUCAAAAAGAGCCGUUCAUAGUCAAGACAUACGAGUACAAAUACAUCUGGUACAACAAAUGGGGCAACUACAAGCAAGGAAUUUAUCAGCCCUAUCUGAUAGCGUGCAAAAUACCCAAGCCAUUCCAUGGUGUAGUGCCCAGUUCGGUGUCGAUGGUUGAAAAGGAAUGUGAUACUGCAACCAACAAUUUGAGGGUAAUCUACAAUCGGCCGCCAGACGAUCAGAAAAGGGGCUUUGCGGUAUGCGUUAAGGGUUUAGACUUCCUAUACGAUGAUCUGUCUGUGCGUCUAAUUGAGUGGAUAGAAAUGCUGAACAUUCUUGGGGCGGACAAAAUAUACUUCUACAAUCUGCAGGUCCAUCCGAAUAUUUCCAAAGUUCUCAGCCAUUAUGAGCAAGAGGGAAAAGUUCAGGUUAUACCGUUGACUUUGCCCGGCGGUCAGCCGAAUGUGCCUGGCUUCCAGCAUUUGUACCUAACAAAGAAAACGAAUCACAAACGGCAAAAUGAAGUUAUCCCAUACAACGAUUGCCUGUACAAGAAUUUAUACCUCUACGACUACAUAGCGCUUCUCGACAUAGACGAAGUUAUUAUGCCGAAAGGUAAUUUUGUACUAUGGUCCGAACUGAUGGAAAAAGUGGUGCCCGAAUCUCUCAAAUUGCGACCAGAAGGAUACCAUAGUUUCAAUUUCCGAAAUGUAUAUUUUCUGGACGAUCAGCAGCACGAGCACGGGUGGCACAAAGAUAUACCGAAGUACAUGCACAUGCUGCAACAUGUUUACCGUGCCAAGAACUACACAAAACCGAACCAAUAUGUAAAAUGUUUCCAUAAUCCGGAAAAAGUGUUGACCUUACACAAUCACUUCCCAUUAGCGUGUCUGGGUGGGGUGUGCAAGUCAUACCCAGUGGACACAAAGGACGCCCACCUGCAACACUAUCGGGCGGAUUGCGUCAACACAUUGAAAAAAUCGUGCGUGGAAUUUAGAGAAAAUUCGGAGGAGGACAAAACCAUAUGGAAGUACAAGGACGAGCUCAUAAGGCGUACAAUAAAGACUCUGGAAACGCUUGGUUUCUUUCGCCGCCAGUCGGGCACAUAUGGCAGUGGAUAUGGGUCCACGACGCAUUCUUCGGAGCGGUGAUUGCCGAAUUCUUGGUGGUCUUUGAAAAUGCAAGAAUGGUGGGGCAUUUUACAAGGGGGUCAACAACGAAUUAGUAAAACACCAACUGUCCCAGCUGAGAAAAUGGAAGAGAAUGGUGUACGCCGCUCCAGUACCCCAACCUUUAUUGACACCAGUCGCAGCAAUAAUUCACAUCCCACUGCCAUCUCGAACAGCGGCUGCAGUCAGACAUCCACAGAAGGUGUUGACACCGAAGUCCCGGACAACGCCACCGCAAUACAAACCACCACGAGUUCUUUUGCAAGAUAGUGAUUCCUAAAAUAUCAAGACUUGAAGUAGUCCACAUUUGCGUCACCCCUACAUCCCAUCAUAAAGAUUAAGAAAAAACCAAACCCCUUCCAAUAUCACGUCCACACACAUCAUAUCAUUUAAAGAUCUAUCCUGAAAUUCUUCUCCUGCACUGUGCUGAUGGUGGUCCGUUUGAAAUGUCCACGCUGCUGUUUGGGACUAACAAAGCGAGUCCUUUUGUCACCACACUAUAGCUCGACAUUGGGUACACAGUCACACUUUAUGCUGAAGGCCGCCGCUAUCCCCUGCGAGAGGUUGAAAUCUCUACAAAACUUGUGAUCCCGCUACGAGCCUUACAGCAAAUGUGCUCUCGUAUUACAUAUAUCCUAUUUUUGUUUUUCUUAAAGUUAAAAAAUAUUAUUUCCUUAUUACAUUUAUUUGUAACUACUAGAUGUAUCAACACACGCCUACACAUUUCUUUGUAUGUACUACUUGCAGCGGAGUAAAAGUUGUUGCAAUGAAAACCGAGUUUGUUAGAAAAAAUGUGCCUUCUAUGUAAAAAUUACUUUUUUGUCUUUUUGUUCUACGUAGAUGAAAAAAAAAAAGUCAUUGUUAUAAUUUUACAUUUUGUAUGUACCUAUGUAUGUGUAUAUGUAUGGUUGUAUAUAUGUAAAUAGACAGUAAUUAUAGAUUAGCGCUACGCAGGUACAGCCACAAAAAGUUUCACCGCGACUCGAGACCACCAUGUUUAAACCGCAUCAGCAUCCAUGCAUCACCCGCGCAAUAUAUUAAAACGCCUCGAGAAGCACGCCCUACAUACGCAACCUCCAAGUUUGAAAUCUCUUUAUGCAAGAUAUCCCGAACCACCAUCAAACUAUUUAU